AUGAUCCAGGAGGAGAAGGAGAGCACGGCGGUCCGGGCCGAGGAGCUGGAGUGUCGGGUGGGGGGCGGCGAGGCCCCGGGGGGGCUGGGGGGGCGCUUCCGCUCCAUGAGCUCCCUCCCCCCCUCGCUGUGCGCCGGCUCCUCGCUGGGCGGAUCCCCGCCCGGGUCCGGGUGCUCCACCCCCAGGAGGGUCCCCCGCAGCCCCCACCGGGAGCUGGACCGCAUGGGGGUCAUGACCCUGCCUAGCGACCUGCGGAAACACCGCAGGAAGUCUGCUCAGGACGACAAGACCACGAUCCGCUGCGAGACUUCCCCCUCCUCCACCCCCCGGUCCCGGCGUCUCCACCUGGACGGGGGACACACCGCCAGCCACGAGGACAUCCGGGACAUCCAGGGGCUGUCCGUCCUGCAGGACGGGCCCGGCAGUAACCCCAGCAGCAGCAGCAGCAGUCAGGACUCGCUCAACAAGGCGGCCAAGAAGAAGAGCAUCAAGUCGUCCAUCGGACGUCUCUUUGGGAAGAAGGACAAGAGCCGGUCCAGCCUCCCCGGGAAGGACCCGUCCAGUCAGGCCGGGACUCCGGAGGCGGACGGUUCUAAAGACGUGGCAAGCGGGGUGGGGACUCUGGGCGGCCCGGCAGAGAAGAACAGAAAGCUGCAGAAGAAUCCCAAGACGGGACACGAGCUGCUGGAGGACGCCCGGCGGCAGGGUCUGCCCUUCGCUCAGUGGGACGGCCCCACGGUGGUGGUCUGGCUGGAGCUGUGGGUGGGCAUGCCGGCCUGGUACGUGGCGGCCUGCCGGGCCAACGUGAAGAGCGGCGCCAUCAUGUCGGCGCUGUCCGACACCGAGAUCCAGAGAGAGAUCGGCAUCAGCAACCCGCUGCACCGCCUCAAGCUGCGCCUCGCCAUCCAGGAGAUCAUGUCCCUGACCAGCCCGUCGGCCCCGCCCACCUCCAGGACGACCACCGGCAACGUCUGGCUCACACACGAGGAGAUGGAAAGUUUGGCAGCCACGCCCCCCACGGAGGAUGAGGAGGGCAGCUGGGCCCAGACGCUGGCGUACGGCGACAUGAACCACGAGUGGAUCGGGAACGAGUGGCUGCCCAGCCUGGGCCUGCCGCAGUACCGCUCCUUCUUCAUGGAGUCGCUGGUGGACGCCCGCAUGCUGGACCACCUGACCAAGAAGGACCUGCGGGGACAGCUGAAGAUGGUGGACAGCUUCCACAGGAACAGCUUCCAGUGCGGGGUCAUGUGUCUCAGGAGGCUCAACUACGACCGGAAAGAACUCGAGAGGAAACGAGAGGAGUCUCAAAUGGAGUUCAAAGACGUCCUGGUCUGGACCAACGAGCGGGUCAUCAGCUGGGUCCAGGCCAUCGGCCUGAAGGAGUUCAGCAGUAACCUGUAUGAGAGCGGCGUCCACGGAGCGCUGCUGGCUCUGGACGACAGCUUCGACCACAACGCCCUGGCCCUGCUGCUGCAGAUCCCCACGCAGAACACACAGGCCCGAACCACCCUGGAACAUGAAUACAACAGUCUGCUGGCCAUCGGCACCGACCGCAGGAUGGAGGAGGACGAUGAUAAGAACUUCCGCCGGGCUCCGUCAUGGAGGAAGAAGUUCAGACCCAAAGACUCGAGGGGGGGCCUGGGGGGGGGCCUCGGGGCGCUGGGGGCGUCCGACACGCUGCCCGCCAGCUUCAGGGUGACCAGCAGCUCCAGCAGCUCCGCCUCCCCCUCCACCCAGCCAAAGAGGAGCCCCAUGGACGCAGGAAGUCAGUCGAUACAGCGGCUGGACUCCGCUACAGUCAGAACCUACUCCUGUUAACACACAACCACGUCUAUCCUCAUUACCUCUACAGGUAGCCUCCUGCCGCCUCCUGCCGCCUCCUGCCGCCUCCUGCCGCCUCCUGCUGCCGCUGGACGUCUCUCCUUCCUUCCAGCUGAUGAACUGAAUGGAAGCUGAAGGUCUCCGUGUCCCCGAGGACGCCCGGCCGUCCCCGCCUGUCUCUGGACACUGUGGACCUGUGGACACUGAGCGUCUGUCCCCACAGCGGGACUGGCGUCUUUGUAGCCGAUGUUUGUAUCUUUCUACCAGCAGACGUUUUGUCUUUUUAUAAACUUUGACCAGAAAAUCUAAUCGACUUUAAUAAGAGACGAAUAACUUAAUGUCCUUUUUAACGUGUGCGUGUGUGCGUGCGUGCGCAUGUAAUAUCCUUGUUGAUAUUUUUCCAUAUCUGAGAUACCAAAAUAAAACUUGCAUUUCA